AUGUCCCAACGCCAGAAGGUAUUGGAUACUGAGAGUACCACUGCAAAGUUCCUCUAUGCAAUAAUCAAGCAGACAGACUUAAAAUCAGUCAGUUCCAUCUCUAGUGAUCUGAUGGUCAAGAUCGAUUGGAACCGAGUUGCCUCCGAUCUCCUGAUCUCCAACGGUCAUGCUGCUCGCAUGCGUUAUUCUCGAUUUCGACAGCAAAUGGAAGGCACAGCCGCACCAAGGGCAAAACGAAAGUCCAAAAAGGCCAAGGUUGUGGAUCCUCCAAUGGAGACGCAAAACAUGUUCCCCAUGAACCAACCUGGGAUGGUGCCUACAAUGAUGCCUACGAUGCCUUCGACCGAUUCAUCCUCCCAGAGCAAUCCCUUCAUUAAGUCCGAGCCAGGCACGCAAAGCAGCUCGAUGCCGAACCAACUACACUAUGGCUCCCAAACAAUGCCAGAAGCUACCAUGAACCGGCAGCAAUAUUACCCUCAAGAUUACGCUUCGAUGCAAUUCCAACAGGCAAUCAGCAUGCAGCAUGGAGCUUCGCAAUCUAACGAGAAUGCGCCAGAUUCUUCCAUGAAUGGCUGGCCCGCUGAGACCAUGCCCACGAGCUAUCCCUAUGGCAUGCAUGCAAACUUUGGAGUCCAAGAUCUCGGGAUGCAAGCUCCUUACCAGAGAUUGCCUUCGAGUUUCACAUGGGGACAACAGCCUUCUCACAUGGGAGACCCGGUCAUAAAAUCCGAGGAGAUGCAACAAAAUACUUCGCCUAUGAACUGGGAGCCAUUCCGAUCUGUACCGCCACAUGUUGCAACCACAGCACCUGAGCCUCAACACCAAAGUAUCUCUAGUAGCUCUGCCAUAUACCCGCUUCAAUCUGUGCCACAAGAUGUCCCUGCCACAAUGAGGGAAAACCACAAUCAGAACACUGCUGCUCUCAGUUGGGAACCACAACUCAUGUCUCGCCAAACAUCUCCGGUCAUCAAGAAUGAUGAGCAGCAGGAAGCCCAUCUGAAUCUCUUUUGGCCGGAUGCACUAUCAAUCCCGCAGGAUAAUCCAGUUCCGCGGAAUGAGGAGCAGCAAACAAGGGAAACAAUCACCAAUUGGACUUCAAUGCCUCCUUCGCAACAAUUCUCAACACCACCCAACGAGGAUAUAUUGCGGAGUUUCCCGGGCGAUACCAAAGUGCCUCUGCCUCCUUCGCCACAAGCAUCAUCUCCUGCAAAAUCCGAGACGGAGAAUCUUGACAAAGCUUUGGUUCUCUGGCGACCAACCGCCCAGUAUCCAAGCCCAUCUCCCUCAGGUACGCCCGCCACUGACUUGAGUAACCCGCGAGCCACUGAUCCGUUGGCAGUGUGCCAUACAGACCCUACUACUCAAAACAGCAUUCUUGUCAUCAAUAUUGAUGAAAAUGUGCCCCCCAGGGAGGACAUAGCCAUACCACCUAUGGGGAGCCAGAGUGUUGUCGUUGAGCUUGAUGUAAGCUAG